AUGAUUCUCGGAGUCGGUGAUGGCACCUUUGCCAUUCUCGUCGUCUCCACCUUUAGCAUUGUCGGGGCCCUCGUGGGGUCGUACGUGUGCCCGCGGUUCGCGAUUCCCAUCGGAGCCGCCUUCCUGUCGCUGCCGUUCGCCGUGUACGGCUGCAUUCUUUCCGCACCGCACGACCCUGUGCCGCCGCCCCUGCCGCCGACGUCGUACAACAGGGAGCGCCGCUUGCUGCCCGACGCGGCGGUAGUGGACUACUUCCUCCCCGUCCGCAUCGUCGCGUUGCUCGUUCUUGCCAUCGCCGUCCUCGCGGCGCUGGCGUACCACACGGUGCUGGUCGUGCGCGAGCCCCCGUACAAGGCGCCGCGGGUGCGGUGCCUGCGGGAGCAGCUGGAGGAGAUGCACCCCACGUGGUAUAGAUGA